CACCACUGAAUGUCGCAAUAACUUAGAAUCAAGAUGGCGCCCAAAGUAACAUCAGUUGCACUUGUUUCGUUUUUAUUUUCACUUGCUUUUUCCACAAGAGGAGCACAUCUACAAUUCAGUUCGGAACGCAUUUUGGUGAACGUGACUACAUCUUCUGAACACAAUGAAAGUACACAAAAUAUACAGGUUAUCUUAAACUUCACAUUUGUGGCAAACCAGAGUUAUGUCAAUGAAAUCCCCGUGUCGUCGGAUGUAACACGGCUACCUUGCCAAGCCUUACUUUUGGACAGCAGUAACGCAAGUGGCGUGAACGCGUCUGGUCCCUCCACCUCUUGUGUGAUCCGCAUCCUUGUCGACGAGUUGCAUUUGAAGAGUGAUGCUGGGGAAGAGGUACUCGUUUUGGUCCUCAACGAGGAAGUCAUCGAACUGGAGGGGAGAGGGGUUCAACAGCAGGAUGUGUGUGAGGUGAAACUCAUGGUGAACGACAAUGUGGAGUCCCUGACACAGUUCGCCAGCGUGUACCCAAUGUCCAAGAAUAAGCUGUUCUGGAUCCCCCGGGAAGACGACAUUGUCAUCACAGACCCUUUCAUUCCCAAGAAAGUGGUGGACCAGGACCAGGCCGUCCUCCACACCACCAGCCAUUCCCCCCUGAAGCACGCCGACACCACCCAGGAGGAGACGGCCGCCCCGGGGAAGCUUCCGGAGACCCCCCUGAGGAUGGACCCUGACCUGCUGUACGACGGGGGCGAGGAGAAGGAGGCCAUAUCCGACUACCUGCUGCCAGAGUCCCCGCUCAGAGGCUCCAUGUCCUCCUACAACGCCAUGUGUGAGUGGGUGGAGCAGCUGCGUGAGCGUCUGCGGCGUUUCUGGGCAGAGUCGCUGCCCAUCUUCUUCCUGGUCAUGUGGGUGGUGGUGGUGGGCGUGGUCGGCUCAGCGGUCAUUGUGCACGUCCUGGACCUCAUCUUCCCCACCUGCGAGCAUCCGGGGGUGUUCCACUUGAACCCUGCCACCCUGAUGCCCGAGGACGAGAAAUGCACCUUGCUGGAAAACAUCGAACUGGAGCUGGAACCAGAGCCGGAAGAUUCUGCCCAAGAGAAGCAGCCUGCGUAGGGGACGGGAAGCCAGCCGCCCUCGGGCCAGGUGGCAUUCGUCUCGUAAACAAAAAAGCAAUGACUGUACAUUCUAUGGACACAGUUUGACGGUUCAACCAACACACUUGAAGCAUUCUGUUAACUGCCGAUCAGAUCACAGGAUUUUCCUAGUUGGAGUUGCCAAACGGAAACACCCGGCUGCCCGGGGCUCGUCCGUGAUGGCGCAUACAGCGGCCCUCAUGCACACUGCGAAAUUACAGUGUUUUCUGGUUAGGAAUGUCUAAGAAUGCAUUGUAAUGGAUGCAAUUGUAAUUGCGCAUGCAUGCUGUGCAAACUGCCGCUGUAUGCUCCAUCCUGAACGGGGCCAAUACCCUACCCUGAUAUACAGAGAGCGUUUGUUAUUGGCCAUCAGGAAAUCCUGUGUUCUGGUUGCAAAUGGAGAGUUGGAAAUGCUUCAAGUCUGUUUUACUGAAUAGAAUGGAACCGUGGUGUCUAUUCCGAUAUACAGUCACUGAAAAAAGAAACAGUGUUUCUCAAUCCAGACACCCGGAACCACACAAGCACUGCAUGGUGUUUUUUUUGCGUUCUGUUUUCUGUUCUUUCUUUUUGGGACUCCCUCCUCCAAGCACUAAUACAGUUGACUCAAAUCAGGUCAACGCAAAGACUCUUGAUGUUUUGGAUCAGGUUUUUUUUGCAUGGAGACCAAGAGUUAAUUAUUAUAAAAUAAGGUUGGAGUUCCCAGAGGUUGGUGUGGUGGAGGGAUUGAGAAUCACUGGACCAGUGGGAAACCAAUGACUUUGUUGUAGCACUUUAUAAAAUGCAUUAUGUAUAGAUAAGAGUUUUCAUCACUUGUUUUGUUGGCAGGAUGUAUAGUGGAUCCUCAUUAUUACAUUAGAUUCAGACACCCCAAAAGGAACCUUUUCAUUGGUCCCUUACUGGCGGCAAGUUUCUUUUGGUUUGUUUGUUUUUGUAUUUUACAUUACAUUAGUAUUUUCUAAUCGGGCAACAAUGUUUCCCUGACAGUCGGCAGUGAAAAUCCUCAGAGAACCUUAUUGCAGCUAACCGACAUCAUCAUAGGUCAUUUUUAUUAUGAUAUACAACCAUUCAACUUGAAAGAUUGUUCAGAACAAUCCGUGAAAAUAAAAGAUGACUUGCUUGAAAAGUAUUCAAAUACUUUCAGGUAAAUAAGCCGUAAAGGUUAGGAUAUCUUGCAUGCUGUUUCAUCUCCUCCAAAAGUUGUAAAACUGCAAUGUAGAUGAUCAUUUCCCUGGCUGCUCAAACUCGAUGGAGAGUAAACCGUAUUGGUGUUGCCACUUUUUAAAAAAGCAAACACCUCGGCUGAUCGUAGUAUUUUUUGAAUGGCUAUAGAAGCUAUUGUAUAUAGCUGCUGGCACAAAGACAAAAAAACACUUGAGUCCCAAUCAAGCCAUACUGGAACAUUUCAUUUGCUUCACAUUGGAGAAGGAAGUUCUGUGCCCCUAAAUAUUUGGAUCCCUCAUAUUUCAUAACUUAAGGCUUUUAAAGACUUUUCCCCUUGCAAGGCCCUUGUAGAAUGCGAGUACGAUGUUGUGGAGAAAGGUGGAUUGUGAAUUUUGAUUGUUACUUCUCUGUGCCUACAUGAAAUGGUGUUUGUAGCAUGGUGAAUAAGAAUUCAGUACCGAGAGCUGUUCUGAAAUGUGUCACAUGAAGUUACUGAUAGAUCCAUGAAUAGUUGGACAAUAUUUUUUAAAAUUAUGGUUUCCGUGUCCUGCCAAAAAAAAAAGAUGUGAAACCCUUUGACUCUAUUUUAGUGGGUUGAACAAAAAGACUGCAUAACAAUGGCAGAAGCUUAACAUUUCACAUUGUUCACAUUGACUCUUUGGUCGAACACAGUCUGACUUCUUGAACUGAGCCUUUAUGUUCUUCAGGCCCAUGAGUGGCCUGCACUUUGCAGUAACAUUUCUGUAUUUAUUCUACAGUCUCUGGUGGUAUGGUGAACUUGUUAAUGGAUAGACCUAGCUCAAUGGGAGUGUUGUUCAUUUGGUCGACUGUUGUUGAGGGGUUCUUGUGAUCUUUCACCUCUGUGUGUGUGUCUUUUGGCAUCUCUGCUUUCUUUCUAAGGAUAAACUAAUUGUAUAUUUUGCUACUCUUAAUAAUUGUAGCCAAGUUUAUUUUCUGUGUCUCCCCCCUAAGGAUGCAUUAAUGCCUUUCACCACAUGUACCAUUAACAGCAAAAUCAUCCAAAGACAAGCAUGUGACCUCAAAUGGUCUUUAAUCUACUCAUUUGCUAAUUACAUUUAAUACACUGCCCUUACCUGCCCAAGGAAAUAGUUUUAGUCUUUUUGGUUCCUCUAAAGAGGGUAGAGCGUGUUAAGGAAUUGAAUCUCUUGAUAUAUAACUUUAACUAAAAAACCCUCAAAACUAAGUCGAAAGUCCGAGGCCAUGCCCAAGUCCAUUUCAGAUUUAGAAUUUGAAACAUGCAAAAUAAAUAAAUAAUAAAAACAAACCUUGUUAUAUAAGGACCUAACUGAACAUCUUUGCAGGUUGCUUGGGACCUAACCCCAAUUCCCUGCUUCUUCGUCAAUGGAAUCAUUAGUGUUUGUUAACAUGCAUUGCUGAAUUGCCACUAUAUGAAAUGCAUCAUAACACUUGCGGUGCUAUGAGAUGUAUUGGUGAUCUGUGCAUGUCCCACCUCAAAUGACAAUUCACGAGAGGCGUUUUAUACGUAGAUCGUCAUCACUGAUGUCAACCUUAAGCUGAAAAAUAUUAUGCUAUGCUAAGUUCAGGAACUCAAAACAACAGGAUCACGUUGAUUUCCCCAUGUUUUGCAUUGUGGUGUACACAAGAAGAUUUGAUAUGCAAGGGAUUGCUUAGUAUUUCAAUUUAAUUUCAAGUUUCUUAUGUUGAAGUUUAUUGACUAUCGUUACAUGAGUGUAUUGUGAAGUUUGUUUUUAUUUUAAUUGUUUGUUAUGUUUUGAAUAUCAAUUAAAACAAUGAAUAUUAAUUAAAACAAUAGAUGAUCUAUUUAAUGCAAGUCAUGAGUUUGUAGUUGCCUACUACAGUAGUUGCAUCUCCCUGGUCUAUGCGUAAUGGCUAAUCACGCUCUGAUGUUAUUUGCCGGUGAUUAUCAGGCUCCUAUUGGGUGUCGGAUUGUGUCUUUGCACUUCAAGGGGGGUAUUCCAGAAGCUGGUUCAGUGGGUUAUGUUAACCUUGAGGUAGUGGUAAAUCAUCUCAUAAAAAAGCCUGGGAUCCUCACAUACAUUACUGAAUAGGUCGUACAGGCUCUUUUUGCAGGUUUACCCCCUUCCUGUAGGAGAACUUCAGCAGACUUGUCAGUCACUUAACCAUGUUCCUGGAAUAUCCCCCAGGUCAGGAGAGGUAGGGUAUCCCAUCAAGUAGGUGUGGCUGCCAAUUUACUGGGUAUAUGAAUUCAGGUGGUUAUGUCAGGUGGAUCUCCCAACAAAAAAGGCUUCAUUCUGUUCUAUCCAAGGCCUCCUAGACACAUGUGAAUAUUUUUUUUUUUUUAUAAACGACUACUUUUUAAUCCGCUCUUAUUUUUAAAAUCUCACUUACACAACAUUGGGAUAAAAAAGGCAAUUGUUAACCAACACAAAUUGGUGUGGAAUAUGGAAUCGCUCAUCAUGGAACUGGCUUUUCACUUGGAAAACGUAUUACCAUUCAAUUAUGCAUUUCCCUUGCACUUUUCUUGUUCAUAUAUUCCAAUUUGGUUUGCUUUUCAAAUUCUUCUUAAAAUCUGUUGUAGAAAGCCAAAAUUCUGCUUAUGUGUAGAUAGACAACAGACCCGGGCAGAUUUUAAAAAGUACAGCACGCGUUUACAGAAAUAUGUACCAUAAACUGGUUUUAAGCAAAGCCAUGGAGCUCUUUCAUGAAGAGAGUUAUAACACAGUCGUUGAGUUAACAUAUGUGGGUUAAGUCUCAACCACAUAUUUGGAAUGCUCCACCUUCUGGCCUCAUGUUUACAUGUCACAUGGGACUGUGACAUUAAUUUGAAAUACCUUUUCAGAUGGCAAAUGGCACUUCAAGUAUGUUAAGUCGAGCAGCUUAUUGACAGGACCUAUUCCACCCGUAAAUGGUGUGGUUUGAAAUAAAUAAGAGGAAAAAAGCUCCUUUAACAACCAUGCGCAGUCAUUUAGUGCUUCUAUGGUGCCUUGAUCACUUUACUUUCCCUGUAGUGUAUUUGUGUAUGCAAUGGAAGCAUGAUGUAAGCAUGUUUUUGGUGUUCUCCAUGAAAAACGGUUGUCAACUUGGAAUUCUGUACAAUAAAGUUGCUAUUGUUUGCA